UUAAAAAAAUAAUAAUUUAAGAUGCUGAAAGUGGUGCUGUCACACAGGAAUAUUUCUCAGAUCUACUUAGACCUGUUUAAAUCUGCAGAACAAAAAAAAUCUGUGAAACACUGAUACCUCAAUGAAAACAUUUGAGCAGAUUAAGUGACAACUGAAGAAACCAUUCAUUUUUUUUCGCACCCCUUUGCAACUUUUUGCCUUGAGGGCAAAAGAGAGGAACGUUUGGUGUCUUUUGAAACAAACAAGACACAAAGUGUGUAAUCAAAGCACACAUUAUAUAUUUUCAUGAGGUAUUUGUCCUCCCAGUCUUAGAGAUGUAGAUGACAGAGAGUCCAUCUGACUGAAGCAGGUGGCGCAUUCUCAUUCUGUCUCUGAGCGCUUCGUGUCUCCACGGAUGUUUGACUGACGGAGAAACUUUUACUGGAGUGGAAUCAUCGCAUUUGAACAGGCUGAAUGUCAUUAAUGAUGGAGAUUAUUGCUAAUGAGGGACGCGUAAAUUGCAGGAUUAUUAUUGAACGCGCAGGAUUACGCGCGUCAGGACGCGUCACGAUCCAUCAACGCGUUCACCAUUAGAACAGCUGGAGCUCAACGGGUGCAGCGCUGCAGUCAGUCUUCAGUAUGAGAGCAGCUCUGAACAUCAGUGUCACUGUGUUUCUGUGGCUGAUCUUCAUGUGUCAUCACACAACAAGGCAGAUACGGUCUGAUCCACAGCAGACCGGUUCUGAAGGAGCGUCUUUGAGGUCGUGGAGCUCUUGGGGUUCGUGGGGCGAGUGUUCGCGCUCCUGCGGCGGAGGAGUUCAGGAACAGACCAGAGUCUGUCUGCCGCAGUAUCCGUCAGCAGCGCCGCCGCACAACGCGGCCACAGACACGCCGAACCAGAGCCAGCAGAGACACGUGAGCCCCGGCAGAUAUGGAUGGAGGAGAACAAACAGUAGCCGUAUCGGUCCAGGAGCUUACGGAUACGGCAGGAUGCCAUACGUAACGCCUCUACAGAAAGAAUCCAGCCGAACGUCCCACAAACAGAGACGAUCAACAUCAAACCUCCCACGCCAGAGUUACAGAACUCAUCAGAGAAACCCGUAUCAAAACACCCGCUAUCACUCAGCCGUCCAGCCGCCCGCCGCCGCCCAGCACACCCGACCGCAGAUCAACACAGCGGCAGUGCAGACGAGGCCGUACAGCCCGCUACCAAACACCUCCUGCCCCGGAACCGCGAACCGCCACAAGAUCUGCAACACCAUGGCCUGUCCGUCACCCAGCAGACCAAUGAGAGAGCUGCAGUGCUCCACGUUCAACACGCAGCCCUUCAUGGGGCGACUCUACCACUGGGAACCUUUUAAUGACGUUUCCAGUGAGCAGCGUUGUGAGCUCAACUGUCGCGCCGUCGGCUUUCGUUUCUACGUGCGUCAGGCGGACAGAGUGAUCGACGGCACGCCGUGCGGACAGAACCAGACGUCUGUGUGUGUGGCCGGACAGUGUCAGAGCGCCGGCUGUGACGAUUUCUUGGGUUCUGGGAAGGUUCCUGAUAAGUGUGGUGUGUGCGGCGGGGACAACAGCGGGUGUAAGCUCGUCUCCGGCCUGUUUCAGCACAGCCUGUCCAAAGUGGGCUAUCACAAGAUCGUGGAGAUCCCGCCAGGAGCCACCAAGAUCAACGUCACCGAGAUGGUGAAGAGCAGGAACUACCUGGCCCUGCUCAGCCGGUCUGGACGAUCCAUUAUUAAUGGAAACUGGGCCAUUGACCGUCCAGGAAUGUAUGAGGGAGUGGGAACGAUGUUCACGUACCGACGGCCCAAUGAGAUCAGCAGCACCGCAGGAGAAUCCUUCCUGGCCGAGGGGCCGACCAAUGAAAUCCUGGAUGUGUAUAUGAUCUACCAGCAGCCCAAUCCAGGCGUUCAUUAUGAGUUCAUCAUGCCAUCAGAGAAUGCUGUAGACGCCCCACGUCCUAAAGAGAACCAGCUGGAUGUGAACGCUGUGAACGGUCAGGCUGGUUCUGAUGCAAGCGGACAGUCGACCCCGGAGGAUCAUGAGAGUUCAGGAGUCAGAUAUCCUCCUCCCGUACCGGAUAAUAAGCUUCCUGCAGCUCCACCUUCAACCAGAACCAGAGAAUAUAACUGGAAACUCAGCGGCACCACAGACUGCAGCGCCUCCUGUGGACGAGGUAGCCGGUUCACCGUGUUCAUCUGCGUUCAUCGUGUAACUCACGCUCAAGUACUGAACAGUCUGUGCGACAGCAGCACCAAACCCAGCCCGCAAGAGGAGCCGUGUAACGUCCAGCCCUGCCCUGCGUUCUGGGACAUCGGCGAAUGGUCCGAGUGCAGCAAGACGUGCGGUUUGGGCUUGCAGCAUCGUCAGGUCCUGUGUCGUCAGGCGUACGCCAACCGCACGCUGAACGUUCACAGCAGCCGCUGUCAGCACUUGGAGCGACCGGAGACCAGCAGCUCCUGCCAGCUGAAGAUCUGCAGCGAGUGGCAGAUCCGCUCGGAAUGGAGCCCCUGUUCGGUGCCCUGCGGUGUGGGUCAAAGGUCACGUGAGGUGCACUGUGUCAGUAAUGUGGGCGAUAUCGUGGCUGACGACGAGUGCAACAUGAAGCUGCGUCCCAGCGACGUGGAGAACUGCGACGUGGGUCCGUGCACCAAGAGCUGGUUCUUCAGCGACUGGAGCGCUCAGUGUUCGGCGGACUGCGGCGCGGGCGUGCGGACGCGCAGCGUUCAGUGUCUCAGCGAUCACGUCAGCAGUCUUCCUCUGGAGGGCUGCGGCUCCCAACGGCCCACUGAGGUGCAGCCCUGCAACAACGGCCCCUGUGAGAGCCGCACCGAGUGGUUCACCGGGCCCUGGAGUCAGUGUUCGGCGGAGUGUGGCUCUGGCAGUCAGCAGAGGGCAGUGGUGUGUCUGAUGAGGUCUGACGAGGGUUUCGCCGUAAUGCCGGGGUACGAGUGCUCGUCUCUGGACAAACCCCUCAGCCAGCAGAGCUGCUUCAUCAAAACCUGCGGAGCCAAGUGGUUCCACACCGACUGGAGCGCGUGCUCAAAGACCUGCGAGACGGGCUACCGCGUGCGAGAGGUGCGCUGUCUGUCUGAUGACAUGACGACCAGCGACCGCUGCGAGGAAACACUGAAGCCACACAACAAGGAGGAGUGUCACCCCGAGCCCUGCCUGCCUCUGAUUGAUGAAAAGUGUCGUGACAAAUACUUCAACUGUAACGUGGUGGUUCAGGCGCGUCUCUGCGUGUACGACUACUAUCAGAAGGCGUGUUGCGCGUCCUGCACGCGUGUGGCGCAGAGGAGCUCCGGACACUGGAGACAGAGAUCAUGACCGGAACACAGACUGACCGUUCGUCGCUAGUUCUCUUUGGACGGGAGAUGACGUGGAACUGCAGCUCAUACAGACAGAACGGCAGUGGAGGACGUUUCCAUCAGAUCAGGUGCAGCGUGUCCGUCAUGAAAUCAGUAUGUACUCAGUACGUCACGUGUGAACACUAGAGCGCAGGACGAGGAGAGAAAACAUCACUGCAUUAACAAACACUUCUGUUCACUUCUGUUCACACUGCAUGGAUUUAUUGUGGAUUCAGUGUUGUUCAGACUGAACGGAGUGUGUGUGAACAGAACAGAAUCGAUCUCUCAGAAGAGCGGCGCUGUGUGAACGUGUGCGGUUCACUGUAAAACCGGAUCCGGUUCCUCAAAUCUGGAACGCAGCCGUCAGAUACGCUUUCUUUGGCCUGUUAUUGUCAGGUAAACUCUCACUGAUGAACUUCAGGGGCAGAAACACAAAGAUGGACAAUGAUUCAUGCUGACAGAAUUAACAUAUGGAGCUAAAAUAGUCUCAAAAUUAAUGUAUUUACAAAAUAGGAGUCAAAAAUGCAGAAGCUAGUUCAAAAAACAAAGCCUUUGUGUAUAAUGCAUUAUGUACUGCAUUAUGUUAAGUAAUGCAUUAUAGCUUUUCAUAAAUAAUUGUAAGCAAAGUUAAAGUGCAUUAUAAUAUUUGAAGUUUUGUCAUGUUAUAUUGCACUAGAUUUUCUAAAGGUGUAACAGUGUUUUAAUGCAUUAUAACUGUGGUUGCAAUUAUUCAUGAAGAUCAUACAAUGCAUUAAAAGGUGCAUUACAAGGCAGAAUUAAUGCAUUAGAAAUACUUAUAUUAUGCAUUAUAUAGGUUUUACAGUUAAGUACCAAGACGUUUGUAUUUGUUUGCAAAUUCACAAACUUUAACCACAAACUAAUGCACAACCAAAUUUACAUUUUUUAAAAUAAGAUUCACAAAUGCAUAACUCAAUUCAUACAUAUUUUAGCACAUUUCCGAAUGUUUCCAUAUUGAAUAUACUGUAUGUUUCAGUCGCUCUGGAUUUGUGUAUUUAAGACUUUCCUACCAGACAAUGAUUCAUAAAUUAGUGAUUUUUUUUAGCCAAUCAGAUGUUAAUUCUUUGUCCAGCCAAUCGUAAUGCGCUUUGCUUGAUGCUUUGAAUUUAAGAAUGAAAAUGUAGCUUGAUUCAUUUUGAGACUAUUUUAGCUCCAUAAUUACAACAGCGUGUUUGAAGCGUGUUUGAACUGCCGUGACCACCGGCCGUCCGUACAUUAAUAAGUAAGUCUUAUAUUUUUACUGUACUCACAUGUAUUUAUAUUUCGAACACAUUCGGUUCUGUAGUUUUGAAACAGAUUUGUCAACAUUUUCAUACUCAUUCAGAGCCGUUUAGCUGUAUCUUUUUCAUCUUUAUAAAGCUGAUUGAAGUCUAAAGUUGAACUGUAUUCCUCCUGAUCCGACUGAACCUGGAAAUUAAUCAAAACAUCUGUUUGCAGCAUCACAUAAUACCAUAAUCACAGCUUAUGAUAAGAUAAUGUAGUGCUGCACAAUUAGGGGUAAAAAGAAAUUGAUUAAAAAAAUUUCAAUUAUGAUUUAAUAUGUGAUUUUUUUUUUAAUUUCCCAGAUUUCCUGCCCAGACCUUUUGUCUCAAAAUUCUGACUUUUUUUCUCAAAGUUUUUGUUGUAGUUCUAAGAAUUGUGAGAAAAAAAACUCAGAAUAAUUAGCUAAAGUUUUUGCUUUUUUAUUUUUUAUAUGAAACCAUAAAAUUGCUAAAUACAAAUUAUAAAUAACAAACAAUAAAUAAAAACAAUAAAAAUCAAACAGAUUACAGUUAUGAGUAAUUUGCUAAUUUUUUUACAUUUCGUAAAUGUGCUUAAUUAUUUGAAAUAUAAUGCCAGAAUGCACAAAUAGGCCUAA